AUGCUAUCUGGUCGUCGGGAGCUGAUCGUCGAUCUCAUCGGGCUUGGGUCAUUCGGCGAGCGCGUGGUUUUCAUCAGGGCUGAUGACUCAAGCAUGGCCGACAUGGGGUCUGCAGCUGCCGCGUUGAACAAGAGCUUGGUAGCAGCUGAUCUCACUGAUGGUAAGUACAAGUUUAAUGCCCAUGCCACGAUCCUCAAGCGGCCACAUCGACCGCCAAAGAAGUGGAGCAAAGAGUGGCACAGGAAGCUUCUGAAAAUCCCUGAGCAGGCCUGGUCCUCGGCGUUGGACAUGAACUUCGGCAGGUACGCAGUGGCCGAGGUGCAGCUCCUAGAUAUGAGGAAGCCCAAAGACGGCUACUUCGCUGUGGACUGGGAGCAAAGCUUCCGGGACGAGUAG